UAUAGUUAUAGACAACGAAGUACACACCAUGUUAUGAUUUAAAUAUCCUCAACACUAGAAUUUGUUUUGAAGAAAUCCGUUCAAAGACAUGUAUUAUGUAAUUUUGUUCUGUAAUGCUAUUGGUAUAGCACUGAUGGCCAAAUACGUAUACGAUAAUGAAAGAAGAAUUAAGGAAAUAUCUGCAACGCAUGAUCAAACAGGUAAAGCUUUAGCGGUAUUUUCAGAGACAAUAAGUACUAUGCAGAAUACCAAGAAAGAAUUUCUUGGAGACACAGGUUCACCGAUCCCUUCCAGUAAAGUUGCAUUUCAUGCAAAAUUGGUACAUUCUAUAACCCUUGGUGAGAGACAGAGUGUUAUUUUUGACCACGUGAUAACCAAUGCUGGUAAAGCAUAUAACCAACAUACUGGUCAUUUCACAGCACCCUUGGAUGGAACGUACUUCUUUGCCUGUACAUUUCUAUCGGACGGUAGUACACGUCUACAUCUUCAAAUGUUUCUGAAUAGCAGCGAAAUAUCAAAAGGGCAUGCACGAAGUGGUGAAGCAGCGUCAGGAUCGAUGAACGCAGUUAUAUAUUUGAACAAGGGAGAUGUUGUCAAUGUGCGUCAUUUUCCUGGCCAAGGAUCGCAAACUAUACAUGGCGAUUGGAGCUACUUUACGGGUUAUCUUCUCUAAUAUCUCAGUAUUAAAAAUGUUUAUAGAGAAUGCUUUUUGUAUAUUUG